CUCACCGCCUCUGCCCCGCCCGCUGCGCACCAUGUCGUCCGCCAUGUCGGCCGCCCCGGAAGGAGGCGUCAUCGGCGCGCUGCUGGCGAGCCUGACGCCGAUUCUGCGCAGCCUGCUCUCCACGGGCCUGACGCUGGGCGCAUGCAUGGGUGCCCUCUGCUGGGAGUUCUGCCUGCGGCUGCCCGACGAGACGCGCUAUCUCUUCUGGCCCGACACGAAGCGCCUCUUGCGCAAGCGCCAGCUGCCGUCGAUUCCGUCGGUGCUGCUCUUCUGGUCGCGCAUCAUCGGAGCCGUGAGCGUGUGCGCGACCAUUGCCAGCCCAUCGGCGCAGGGCCAUAAGACGUGCUCUACAUUGCUCUACCUGCACGGCAGCGUCGGUGUUGCCGGCACGUUGACUUCCACCAUGAUCUUCGUCGUCCGCACGAUGGCCGUGUCGCCGGGUAAGCGCUGGCUGCAUCUCUUCCUCUUCCUCAAUGCGCUAGGCCUCUCGGCCUUCUGUGCCCUGGUCACGACGCAUCUGCGGCCGACGCCGCCCUUCCCCGGCGUAGCGACGUGCUCAGGCGUGGUGAACAGCUUCCGACACGCCUGGGUGCUCUACGUCUGGCUGCUCGCCUUCGACCUCUUCGUCGCCGGCAUUACGCUGCACUGCAUCGGCAACCUGGAGUGGCGGCAUCCGACGCGCCUGCCGGCCAACAUCAAGGCACGCCUGGCAACCAUGUCAGGGGUGAACCGCAAGUUCUUCUUUGGCGCCUUCCUCGCCGCGCUCGUCUCGGCUGCCCUCAACGUCAGCCAGGCCGUGUACGUCAACAUGCAGAUUGCCGCCGGCAACUACACACUCACAACGGCACUGCUGCCGCUGCACGCCAUCGGCACCUGUGUCAUUGCGCCGCGCAUGAUCUCGAGUCUGAAGCUGCACCAGGCCAAGAAGGGCUACGCCACGCUCGAGAGUGCGGCGCGCGGCAGUCGGCACUCCUCGGGCCGCUCGCACGACGCCGGCGUCGCGGGCGCGCCCGACUUCCAGCUGGGCAACGGACGCUUCCUCACCAAGGCCUUCGACAACCUCGAGUCGGGGCAGGGCAGCCCGGACAGCAUCACCAAGUCGCUCGGCAGCGGCGACGUGCAGAUGGCCACGGCACUGCACGCCGCGCCCGUGCUGACGCGCCUGGCGCCGCCGCGGCACGACGAGCUCGAGAGCAUCAGCGUCGUCGGCUCGCCGACGGAGAUCCAGGAGACGCGCUCGUCGUUCAGCACGGCGCGCGACGGCAACGCCCUCGGCCUCGCCCGGCCACCGGCGGCCGCGCCGCAGACGACCGACGUGCGCCAGACGCUGACACGCGGCCUGACGGGCCGCUCGGUGUCGUCGGACAAGUCGUAGUCCGAGGUCGGCGCGCUGCCUGCGGCGUGCGCCUGCCGCUGCCCCUGCUCAUAUCUUGCUCUGCCUGCUGUGCCUG